GAAAAAGAUUUCCAUCACUUCUAUUCGUUUUCCUCAAGAAAAAGACGGUAACAUAAAGCCAGAAACCGACACCUUGUCUCUUUCCCAUACAACAAUAUAUACAGAACGAAUGGUGCCAAACAAGAUCACAACCAUCCACAUAAUCUCAACCACCAGGAGCCUAAACAUCCGAUGGCUCCAAGACUCUCAUUAUUUAUUAGCAAUAAUCAAAGAACUGGUACAUGUGUAAUACUAAUAGAGUAUCAUUUCUCCAAUCCCAAGAGUUACUAAUCAAAGCAAAUCCAGAAACACCAAGACACACUCGCAAUCCCAUUUUCUGUCUUUAUCUGGAAGAAUGUUUAGGGUUCAUAGAUCAAUAUUGUUGUGUGUUUGGUUGUUUAUGAACUUGAUUGUUGAAGGUUCAGUUCAUGAAUAUAAAGGAGAGAGAUUUGUGGGCAAAGGUAAUGCCUUUGUUGUUCAUGGUGGCAGUGAGGGGAUUUACUCUGGAAAUCACAAUGAGAAUAGUGUCCUUCCUGCUAAUGGGGACUCUUAUAUACGUUUUGAAAAGAUUACAUUCCGGAGAACUCGGGAAUUUUCUAACUUUAGUUCGGGGUUGGUACAAGCUAUUGUUUUUGAGGUAGAGGAUCGAGAGUUAGUUGGUGGUUCAGCCUAUGGUGGUCAAAGAGCUGUCUGCUGCACAGCUGAUCUUGCAAAGUUGGGUGUGUGUUCAGAAGGAGAAAUCAUUCAUCGUCCUUCAACAAAAGAUCCCAGCUGGCCUCAAGUCUUUGGUGUUUCAUUCAACGUAGACGAGCUAGUUGCGACAUUCCCAUCAAAAUCAAUACAGAUAUCCGGUACUGGGAUGUAUAAUUUGUAUUUCAUGCAUUGUGAUCCUAAUCUUAAAGAGGUAGUUGUAGAGGGGAAAACUAUAUGGAAAAAUCCCAGUGGCUAUUUACCUGGUAGAAUGGCACCUUUAAUGAGAUUUUAUGGGUUCAUGUCCCUUGCUUUUGUUAUACUUGGAUUAUUCUGGUUCUCUCAGUAUGCAAGAUUCUGGCGAGAAGUUUUUCCAUUGCAAAAUUGCAUAACAUUGGUGAUAACGCUGGGCAUGUUUGAGAUGGCUUUCUGGUAUUUUGACUACGCUGAAUUCAACGAGACUGGAAUUAGGCCAACUGGUAUCACUUUAUGGGCAGUUACUUUUGGUACUAUUAAACUUACAGUAGCACGCCUUGUCAUUCUGAUGGUUUCAAUGGGCUAUGGUGUUGUGAGACCUACCUUAGGUGGUCUCACAUCAAAGGUGAUACUGGUUGGAGUGACCUUUUUUGUGGCAUCUGAAGUGCUUGAAUUGGUAGAAAAUGUUGGCACUGUCAGUGACCUUUCUGGGAGGGCCAGACUUUUUUUGGUGCUUCCUGUGUCAAUGUUGGAUGCUUUCAUCAUUAUUUGGAUAUUUAAGUCUCUUUCUGCGACUUUAAAUAAGCUUCAGGCUAAAAGGAUGAUGGUCAAGCUGGAUAUAUACCGGAAAUUCACUAAUGCUCUUGCUGUAGCAGUUAUUGUGUCAGUGGGUUGGAUAUGCUAUGAGCUGUAUUUCAAAGCAAAUGAUGUUUACAAUGAGCGCUGGCAGAACGCGUGGGUCAUCCCAGCUUUCUGGCGAGUCCUUUCCUUCUCUCUCCUAUGUGUCAUCUGUGCUCUUUGGGCUCCCUCUCAGAACUCAAUGCGAUACGCUUACUCAGAUGAUGCAAGUGAUGAGUUCGAUAGGGAUGAUGGUACUUUAACACUCAUUAAACCAUCCACAAUACCUUCUAAGGAUGUUCGAAGUGCACUGGAACCUAGACCAGUGCAAGCCAGCAAUGAAGCAUCAAAUAGUGAUUCGGAAGAAGAUAAGAGAGAGUAAUGCAAAUCUCAAUUACGAAGCUCUAAAGCAGGUGUGCAAUCAUCGCUCUAAAGCAGGUGUAACCAUCUGUUAUUGUUGUAUCUAUCACUCCCUAGAUAUGCAUCGAGAAUUAUUGCAGGAGCAAAAUUAUACAAGGCAAAAGUCUACUUUGGGAUUGCAAUAGGAUGGCUUUUUCUUCAGCUCUUGUUUAUCAUUUUUGCUCGUGGUAUUUCUAUGUACGUUUUUUUAGAUAAGAUUUCUAUGUACUUGUUACAGUAAUCCUUGAAUGUGCAUUAUUGGUUAUAGAGGAAACGAUGGAGCAUAUUUUUGUUAAGUUUUGAUACCUUAUUGGAUUGUAGUUCUCUAGCCAUGUUUUACGCAUGCGGGGAAUGGUAACUAUAUGAAAAAAAGUGCUAUGAGAACUUCUGUAUUUUUACUUAAAGGACCAUGUCGGAGUUGUCACUUGUUAAUAAGAAUGCCAAGGGAAAAUUUCUGCUUAA